AUGGGACAGUUCUCAAAAUUUGGCUUCACCAUCCCGAGCGCCAAGCCAUGGAUGACUAUAAACAAGGACUACACUGAGUGGAACGUUGCUAAUAAGCUCGAUGAUUCUGAGAGCAUCUUGAAUUACUGGAAGGAGAUGCUUGCAUUGCGAAAACAAUACUCGGAUCUUUUCGUCUACGGAUCUUACACUUCUCUGGAAGAGUCUAGGUCAGGUGAAAUGGUUCUAGAAUACGAGCACGAGUACAACCAGGCACAUCAAACCGCAGCUGUGCUAUUGAAUCUCUCCGAUCAAAUGCAGACGGUCUCCAUGGAGAAGUAUCAGGGCUACUCCAUUUUGAUUACGAACCAGAGAAAUGUUGGUCGCACACAAGGCCAAUUUGAGCUGCAGCCAUAUGGUGCUGUGGUAUUUUUGAAAGCAUAG